AUGCGCAGGUUAGUCCUCUUAACGGCUCUCUUGUCGUUGAGAGUCUACGGAAUAGAGCUAACGUUUGAGCUUCCGGAUAAUGCAAACCAGUGCUUUUACGAGGAAAUCAAGAGUGGAGUGGAUGUUUUACUCGAAUACCAGGUUGUUACUGGUGGCCAAUAUGACGUCGACAUGACUUUAGAGGAUCCACAUGGAAAAGUUCUUUACAAAGAUAUCAAAAAGCAAUAUGAUACUCAUAGCUGGAAGGCAGAAGUUCCCGGUACUUAUAAGGCUUGUUUCUCAAAUGAAUUCUCUACAUUUUCGCACAAGAUUGUUUACAUGGAUUGGCAGGUGAACGAUCAAAGCACUCCCAAGCCAGGUCUAACAUCCGGCACUCAUUCUAUGACAUCGCUUGAAAAUUCUGCUGUUGCCAUUGCUGACAAACUGCGAGUGGUGGAUGAUUACCAAACACAUCACCGCCUUCGCGAAGCAACUGGACGAAAACGUGCUGAACAGUUGAAUGAGCGCGU